AUGGAAACCUCGGAUUUUGAGGUCCGUAUCCCUGUACAUCCGGGCGAGAAAGAAGACUACAAUGAUAUCAACAUGCUAGACACGUCUUCUAGCGAUGCCGGCUUCUCAAGUGAUGAGGAAACUCCAAGCAACGGUCAAAUCUCACAAGAAGCAAAACCAAGCGUGACUAUUGUCAACGAAGAGCUGGAGGAGCUGGAGGGAAAGUCAAAGGAGGGCUUCCAUAUCCUCGCGAAGCUGGAGACCAUAUUGAAGAAAUAUCCAUCUUCCACUGGAGCCACUGAAGCCCUACGCAAACAAAUCUUGGAGACUAUAGAUCAAGGCAAGAGCCAUCCCACAAUCACAAUAGGCGUUGUUGGUGCCACUGGUGCUGGAAAAUCUUCUUUAAUAAAUGCACUGUUGGGAGAGAAACGUUUAGUUCCUACCAGUGGAAUGAGGGCGUGCACUGCAGCGAUCACAGAAAUCUCAUAUUGUCACGGGCCAUGGAACUAUGAGGCUGAGAUUCAGUUUGUAUCUCGGUCAGCGUGGGAGGAGGAAAUGCGCCUUCUCUUCGAAGACAUGCAGGAUGGUCUCGAUGAACUUCCCUCCACUUAUGACUCUGAAUUUGGCAUAGCAUGUGCCAAAUUCAGAGCUGUAUACCAGCUUGACCCCAGGAAUACCCCAAUUGAAAAAAUCAUGGAAGUCCCUAACGUUGCUACAGUACUUGGUUCUACUAAGUACAUGUCUGGAAACAAUGCAACCGACUUUUACAAUGAGCUUAAAAAAUAUGUGGAUAGUGAACCACGUCGUCUAGUUUCAGACCAGGAUAUCAUGGAUACCAAUAAUACGAUACCACAGAAUAAGUCCAUGCAAUUGUGGCCACUUGUUGAGCUGGUGCGCCUACAUGUCAAAGCACCCGUUUUAUCCACUGGGGUGGUACUUGUGGACCUCCCGGGGUUGCUGGACGUCAACACGGCCAGGGGAACUUUGGCUCAAAAAUACAUAAAAAAUUGCUCUAGCCUGUGGGUAGUCGCGCCUAUCACUCGAGCUGUCGAUGAUCAUUCGGCGAGGACACUUCUAGGGGAUGGUUUCAAGCGGCAGCUGCAGCUCGAUGGCGGGAUGGGCCAACUGGCUUUUAUCUGCAGCAAGACCGAUGAUAUAAACUUGUCGGAGGCAGCAGAUGACCCCGGACUCAAACAUGCGAGAGAAGCGUUGGAUAAUUUUUGUGAUGAAAAAAAGCAGGAGGCCAAAGUCAUGAGCUUGAAAAUACAGGGCCUUAAACAAAAGGACAAGCGCAUAAGGGUGAAGUUAGAGAAACUGAUCGACUUUGCGAUGCAGGACGAUACCGAAGUUGCCCCCGAGAUCAACCCUAUACAGAGCCCUUCUAACCAUGGUGCCAUGAACAUAUCUCCAUCGCCAUCACCCAGCCCCCGAAAGCGCGAGUUCAUGGUUUCCAAAAAGAGUUUAACAGAAAAACAAGCCACAGUUAAGGCCCAACUCCAGUCUCUCGAAACUGAGGUUUUAUCUGUUAGAAAGGAGAUAAAACUUAAGCAACGCGAAUUCGAGCGUUGCUGUAUAGAGAAACGCAACAAUUACUCCGAUACACGAAUAAGAGAGGAUUUCGUGGCUGGACUUCUUCAUCCCAGAAACACCAGCCAAGAUGAAGAAGGCACCAUGGCCAAGGAAAAAUUAGAUGUUUUUUGCGUGUCAUCUAAGGCAUUUCAGAUAUUGGAAGGUAGGUUAAAGGAGCACAAAGUAAUGAAGGGGUUCAUAACCCCCGAGGAUACUGGGAUACCCCAGCUCCAAAGAUACUGUUUGAACCUAGGCGUUACGGCCCGUAUGACAAACCAUAGCAAUUUUUUGAACAACCUUGGCCAAUUAGUCAAUAGUUUACAGCUUCAGACAUCAGGGCAAGAUGAACUGUCACUCCGCUCAAACCAAGACGACCAGGAAUUACUUCAGGCUGAGUUCAACAAACUCAAGGAGAUAAUGCCGCCAUUGCAGCUAAGAAUGCGGCUGAAAGGGCGCCAUCUCGGUGGAACCGAGUCAAGAAGCAUGGAGGAAUUUCAUACCCCACUUACAAAGCUAUCUGCCGGAGAUUUGGCGAAUUUCGUGAUGGAAAGGGGAAUCACUACGGCCGACCCAUUAAUGGCAAUUAUUGGGCUAGCCUGGGAAAGGACUUUCAGACAGAUCCCUCAUCUGUUCAACAAAACUUCGGAUUCUCUACGGAGAGAUAUAGCUGAAUUUCACAGGGACGUGAUGAAAAAUGUCCGAACGCUUAAUGAGAGCGACUCACGAUCCAAAAUCUUAAAUGACCAAUGUUUAAGAUAUCAGGAAAGGAUCAAGCAAAUUAUCCAUUUUGUCACUGAUAAAAUGGAUUCCAAACAAAAGGAACUGAACCGUAUUUUUAUCCCAAGCAUAACAACGGCUUUGAGACCUGCCUACGGUGAAGUUUCCACAAUCAAGGGAGCUGGUUCAUUCCCAAAAAUAAAGACCAUAAUGGCUAACCGUGUAUCUCAGUCCAAGAACGACAUGUUCCUAGGUACUGUCGAUAUUAUCAAAAUGGAACUCGAAGAGUUAGUCAACGCCCUUGUUGACAUAAUCAGCCUCGAUGUCGGGAGGAUUUUUGAUGAUAUGGGUGAUGAUUACUUGACGGGGGUGAAAAGCUCAAGCGAAAUGAUGGACAAACCCCUCAAGGAGGAGCUACUUUCAUUUUUGAAUAGUACGUCACUCUUUGGUGACAUUGCCAGAGAAGAAGAGCUGCCUGGAGAUAAUGCAGAUCCAACGGACACCGUUCUUGAUUCCAAGCCAGCAGUAGUAACUGCUAUGAACGGCUCCGAAGUCAAUCAUGAGCUUGAGCACAUGGAUAACUGA